UGCGAAAAGUGCAUUGUGUGAAAAUUGGUUUCAGAAUUAAACUAUUUUUAACCAGCAAAGAGGCGCAAUUGUAUUCUACAAAAUCAAAAACACAGAUCAAACAGACGAGAAUGGCAGCGAUGUUGUGGACACGAGCGCUUCAAGUCAUCAAAGCCACGACGCUCGAGCCUGCGAUGCUCGUGGACGGCGCGGCGAGCAACGCUAUGAUUAUACUCAUGGAGAACGUGCAGAUGAUUAAAACCUGCACCCAUACGCUGGGAUUCUCAGAGGAGGUGUGUAACAACCUAUCGCUCCACGAGGAGGCGAACAUCUUGGUGCAGAAAGAGCUGAGCAUGUUCACGUUCUACAACAGCAUUAUACUGUCUAUUGUAGCGCUGCUAUUCAUACUCUUCAUGGGCGCGUGGAGCGACGUGUAUGGUCGGAAGUUUCCUUUGGUGCUGACAUUCCUGUGCCAAGUGAUAAACGCAGCGGGAUACCUGCUAGUACUAAUGGUUCCCUCGAUGCCCAUCGAAAUAAUUUACGGCGCAUCUUUGAUCAUGUCGUUAGGGGGCGGAAACCCUGGGCUGAUGUCCAUAGCUUUCAGCUAUGCCAGUGAUAUAAGCUCUGAAGAGGACAGAACCCUUAAGAUAUCAACUCUCAACUCACUUUGGUAUCUUGGAGGACCCAUCGGCACAGCCCUGACUGGUUUUGUGCUGCGACACAGUACAUAUCACAUGGCCCUAUCAAUAAUGCUUGGUCUUAACACAUUCGGUUUACUGUACAUCAUAUUCUUCAUCAAAGAAAGCUGUGGACCCUUCGCAAAGAUUGGAAAUUGUCUCAAAGAGCCAGGCAAACAGACACUCAAGAAAGAGGAUGUAACUCUGUCAAGGAUGGUUGUGGAUUUUGUGAACUGGAGGAGAGUUGCGGAGUCUUUCCAUACCCUCUUCAAAGCCAGACCUGGGUACAAUCGUGCACUCCUGUUCACAUCUGUCGUCUGCAAUAUGGCUAGAAGAGCCGCCAGAAGUUUCUUCUUGUACCUGUUCGCUCGUAUCGUUCUUGGUUGGGACGCAAGUUACUACAGCUACUGGACUACUAGCAGAAUCCUCAUCACCGCUGUCUCAUCGCUGUUCCUAGUGCCGCUGCUGUCGAACCUGCUGAAAGCGAGCGACUAUACGCUCGUUGCGUACGGCUCCGUAUCGUCUGCCCUCGAGUUCGCUGCGUACGCUCUGGUGCUGAGUCCCGCUUACGCCUCCAUCAUGUGGGUCUCACCCAUCCUUGGUCUACUCACCAACGCACAAAUCGCACUCCGGUCCUUCCCCACGAAAAUCGUCGACCCCGAUGAGAAAGGCCGCGUGACUGCGGCGACGGGAGCGCUGACGAGCCUCAUGCCCAUGGCGGGCUACGCUUGCUACACCGCCAUAUACAAGAGCACAGUCGCCUCCUUCCCAGGGGCGCAGUUCAUCUUCGGUGCCGCCAUCAACUUGGCUAUUGCCAUCCUAUUUAUAUGCCUAUACGCGGUCAACAGGAACAAGAACACAAGCAAGGAUGACGUGGAAAACAUCUCCGGUAAAUCCACUCUUGCAAGGAAAUUGUCGAACGCGAUCUUGGCUGGCUCUGUCCAAGGAUCCGAACAUUUUUUUAUGCCGGUUGAAUGUCAACCGGCAUCAAAACCGGCAGUAUCGAGUCAACAUGAGUCCGAAUGCUUGUCAAUAGAAAUUCCCGAAGGGCUUAAAUUGAACGCUAUUCUAUGCAACGAGAAAGUUCAUCGAAUUGCAUCUCGUAGUUAUUCCUUAGGUACAAUUAAAAGCUCAAGUGUCCAACGAGAAUUAAAACGCAACAGAACUUAUUCUAAUCCUUUGACAGAUGACGAAAUAAAAUUUUCUGAGAACUGAGAAGUUGUAGAAUAUUGAAUCUGUGAUCAUUACCGUAGGAUUAGUUAAAUUAUUUAUUGCGUGAAUUGGUAACUUUGGUUUUAUACAAUAAAAUGUGACUGCGUUUCGAUUAGAUCAUGAAUGAAGGAUUAUCGUAAAAAAUGUUUACUCAACUAUACUUUAUGUUUAUUCACUUGAACGUCGUUUCGUGUAUUGUGUUAUGCCAGCAUGUAUAUGUAUUAUGCCAGCUGUAAAAAGCGUAUGUUGAGCGUCAGUGUAGGUUUGUUGACUAAUUACACGUCAUUAAACAUG